AACAAUAGACCAGAACAGCCCACGAUCUGUUUAUUUUCCUCUCUUUCUUUCUUUCUUUCUUCCUUAUCUAGGACAGAAAAACCAAAACCGUAGAGCAAAAUGAAGCCCCUUUUUUGCUUAUUCUUGAUUCUUGUGUCGCUAUUUUCUCUGGUGGAAUCUUCAUGCAACAACAUCAGUGAAGAGCACGACUUGUUGUCAAAGGCUUUCAAAUCAGUCUCUGGCUUCAACGCUUCCUCCUCCUCGUUCCAAACCAACAACUGUUUCCAAACUCACAUCAUCACCAGAAUAGUGCUUCCAUCCCAAAACCUCAGUGGAACAAUCUCAUGGGGUUACCUGAGGAACAUGUCCAAGUUGCAGGUUAUCGAUCUCUCUGGCAAUGCCUUACAAGGUCACGUGCCAUGCUGGUUUUGGUCGAGUUCAUCCUUAUUGGAAAUAAACCUCUCUAGAAACAGGUUCGGAGGGAGCAUCCUUAAACCCACAGCAGAAAACACCUCGUUUUCGUUUUCAUCCAUUAAAACACUCAACCUCUCCCACAACAGGUUUACUAAUUCAAUCCAACUUUCUGUUUUCCGAAACCUUAAGAUCCUCGACCUUUCCCACAACAACCUGGUCACACUUCCUUCCGGGUUUCAAAACCUCACCAAACUACAACACCUUGACCUCUCGAGCUGCAAUCUUCAAACCAACAUAAAAGCCAUUUCCUCUCUUGACUCCCUUAACCACUUGGACUUAUCAAACAACAACUUCACCGGUAAUUUCCCUUCUGAUUUCCCUCCACUCACCACCCUCAAAUUCCUCAACAUCUCGUUCAACAACUUCACCUCAUCAAUUAGCGUAAACAGGCUCACUAGAUUCGGUAAAUCGGCUUUCGUCCACGCUGGCAGCAACUUCACCUACGACAGUACGAAAAACUCAACACAAGAAGAAGCCAUCACUCACAAGCGAAAGUUCAAAACGCUGAUUGCUGCAGCGUCAUCAGCAAUUGUCCUAAUUCUCUUGUCCAUAUGGGCACUCCGCAUUGUGAUUCAGAAGAGGAAGCAGAGCGCCAAGAGGAACAAGUGGGCGAUCUCGAUGCCGGUCCCACAAGGGAUGACGAUGACGAUGAUAAUGAAAUCAGGGCCGUUCGCGUUCGAGACCGAAUCAGGGUCAACGUGGGUGGCUGACCUGAAGGAACCGUCUUCGGCGCCGGUAGUGAUGUUCGAGAAGCCGUUGAUUAAUCUGAGCUUCAAGGAUCUCAUUGUUGCCACGUCACACUUCGGGAAGGACUCGCUGCUGGCGGAGGGAAGGUGUGGGCCCGUGUACAGAGCCGUGCUGCCCGGGGAGCUCCACGUGGCAAUCAAGGUCCUGGAACACGCCAGAGACGUUGAUCAUGAUGACUCCGUGGCCACCUAUGUUGACCUCGCAAGGCUCAAGCACCCCAACUUGCUGCCCCUCUCCGGUUACUGCAUUGCAGGUAAGGAGAAACUGGUGCUGUACGAAUACAUGGGAAACGGAGACCUAGGAAGGUGGCUACACGAGCUUCCAACUGGAGACACCAACGUGGAGGACUGGACAGGCGACACGUGGGAGAUUCAAAACGGCGUCGUCGACGAUGGAUCCCCAGAAAAGAUGGGGUGGCUCACACGACACCGUAUCGCAGUGGGCAUAGCGCGUGGCCUCGCGUAUCUUCACCACGCGCGUUCCAAGCCCGUGGUGCACGGCCACCUCGUCACCUCUAACAUUCUCCUCGCCGACGACUUCGAGCCUCGGAUCGCCGAUUUCGGGUUGCGAUCCGACCCGAACCCGAGUUCUGGCACUGAGGACGACGUGUACUGUUUCGGGGCGGUGCUGGUGGAGCUCCUGACGGGGAGGGAGAGCACGGCGGAGGCGGUGGCGGCGGCGCGGAAGGCGGUGAGGGAGGGGCACGGCGUUAGGGUUUUGGACGAGAGGCUCCGACUCGGGGGUGACUCGGUGGUACUGAGUCAGAUGGUGGAGACUCUCCGAGUCGCGUUUUUGUGUACGGCGGAGAGCCCUUCGAAGAGGCCCACAAUGCAACAGGUUUUGGGUAUGCUCAAAGACAUUGGACCUCAUCACCACCACCAAAUCAACUCGUCCUGAGUUGACUCGUCAAAGACGUUUUAUUUUAAUGUUGUUGUCAUUAUUAUGCUGUAUAGACUCAUUUUUUGGGGGG